GUCCAAUAUUAAAAUUUAGAAAUGAAGAAAGGGUGUCUCUCAAAACGGAGAAAAAUCUCAAGAUCUCUAGAAAAACUGCAAAUUAUCCACUCACCUACGAGCAGCCAGUCUGAAUUCCAUACUUGUGAAUCAGCCGAUACGAUGCAUGAAGCAGCAAUUAAAUAAGGAAGAGUAUAUCAGUCAACUCCACAGGCAACUGUCUAUUUCUAGUGACCGGAACAAGAAACUUUCAGUCCAAAUUAGAGGCUUUCAUGAAGAAAUAGACCGGAUUUCUAGGAAACACGAUGAAGAAAUUUAUGAUCUUAAGAUUACUGUAGAGAGACUACAGAAGGAAAACUCUAAACUUGGUCUUGAGAAAGUCAGUUUAGAGCAAUUUGUUGAGACUAAUGAGGAAGAACGAUCCAAAAUGAUAACUGAUCUCGCAACCACAUCUGCUGAGCUUGGCAAGUACAAAGCUAAAUUUGAAGUAACGGAAAAUGAGAUUUCAGAUUUAAGAAAAAGACUUGAUUUAGUCAACCAAGAACGGAACCAAUCAAUUAAUGACAAACAAACACUGAGCAGGAAAUUAGCCAUUCAAGAAAGCGAGAAUAAAGACUUAGAGUACAUGAACUCUGCGACUGUUCAUGAUUUACAGAAGAAAUUAACCAAUGAAGAAAAUAAGAGAAAAAUCUAUGAAGCCCAAUCUAGCGACAAAGAUGUCAAGAAUGUUAAAUUGGAGAGCGAGGUCUGCACACUUAAAACCCAAGUUGACAAAUAUAAGACAAAAGCACUUGAUUUUGAAGAGAAGUUGAGAGUCUCAAGCGAAAAGCUAGCAGCAUUGAUUAAGGAUAAGACUGAGUCCUCUUCAAAAUUAUUAGAAGCUGUCACUGAAUGAGAAUCCUACAAAUCUCAGCUCACAACAGUCAAAGCCAGAAUUAUUGAACUUGAGAGUUAUAAAAAGGUUCAUCAGAAGGAGAAUUUUAAGGAAAAAUAUUACACCUUACUCAAGCAGAACAAGAUGCUAAAAGAGGCAAAUUACCAAUCUACCGAUCAACUGACUAGAGAUUACUCAGAGAUGCAGUCUCUAAAAGACUCUAACUUCGACCUGAAGUCUACUAAUAAGGAGCUGAGCUCUACUUUGGCUCAACUGAAGAAGUUCCUUAGCGACACGAAAGAUAGCCUGGAUGAGAGGAACAUGACCUUGUUUAAAUUAGAAAAAGAUGCUAAUACUCUCAAACAAGAGCAUACCAAACUGGAAUUGUUUAAUAAAAGUACUCGGAAGGAGAACGACCGCUUGCUGAAGGACCUGCAGCAAGCUGAAAAGAAGAACAGAGAACUCAAUGAGAAGAUUUAUAAAAUAAAUUGAUCUAUUGAACAGAAAAUUCAGAAUAAGGAUUACUAUGAUGAAGGCACUUCAAAGGAAAUAGAGCGUCUGCAUAAGAGAAACAGUGAACUCCAGGAUCAAAUGGCUGAAUACAAGUAUAAAUUCGACAAAGUCGCCAGACUAAAUGAGACUCUCAAGCAACAAAUGGAAGGAAUUACACAAGAAAUUAUUGGAAAAUCAGACAAAGAGGAGAUUACGAAAUUAGGCAAAGCUCUUAAUCAGCCGGAUAAGUUCUUUCCAUCAAUCUCUUCACUAAUGCACGACGAGGAUGAAGAGAAGCUAGCAUUUAUGAAUGUGACGAAUCUGAAUGAGAAACUGACCAGGUCAAUUAUCCAUACAGACAAAUUAAACUUGCGUAAAGCUAAACUAGAAAAUCUUCAGAAGGAAAUAUGAUCGCUCUGUGUAGAGGAUGACAUUUCCCAAGUGUGAGACUACAUCAAAGUAUGAUUGAGCAUUGCUGUUUCUAUUAACGAGACUAUCCUUAGCAAAGAGGAACUUCUACGAGCAAGGAUGCAGCAGAUCAUUCAGUCAAAAAUGAUGGACCAGACCAAGAAAGAAGCCUGUUAUGAGGAAUUUCAUGAGAAAGGAAAUGACAUGAAAAAGAGAUAUGAGGAUGCCAGGGUUAAGUUGAUGCGCUACCAGAACCAAAUCGCAGAGUGAGCUAAGCUUAAAGAGAUUCAUGAAAACAGACAAAAAUUAGAUUAUAAAAGAGCUGAGGUUAAGGAAUCAUUCCAAGAUUCGACACAGGACCAGAGGGAAGAGAAAGAAAAUACUGACAGAGAGUUAAUGAAGAACUAUAGCUGUGCUUUGCAUACUGAACCAGUUCAAGAGAAAAGACUUAAGCAUCAUAUUCUAAAGAGAUCAAAAUCUAGAGAUUCAAAGGAUAUGGCGGAUCUCCUCCUCUCGUCAACAUCUCUCGACCGUUUAGAUGAAAAUGAGACACUUGAAAGAAUAGAGCCUUACAUGAUUCCUGAUGGUUUUCAGAAAACAAAAGGAAUGACAUUAGAUAAGACAGAGCACUUGAAAGUCCUUAACUCUCAAGAAUUAUUCUCGCAUCAUAGAUCUCCAAGAGAGUGCUCACCAAGUAGCUCUUCAAAUGAGUAUGGAUCUGUGGAACAGAUGCAGGGACCUGAAAUUUUUACGAUUCCUUAUACUAGCAUUGUACCAUCACAGAUCCACGACUUCGGCCUACCUGAAGGGCCUGAAGGUCCUUUACCAGAUGGUCUAAGCAGUUCCUGAACCGAGAUCGCAAGCACUAAGUUCAAGGAGAGGCCUGACUUGAUUUUGUAGCAAAUUCUAUUGUUCAAUCUAA